AAGUACUAACCACUUGCCAGUCGCUAUCUUAACCCAGUCCGGUGUGAACGUGUACCGUGUAACCGUAACCGCUCCUCUCGAGUGAUUAUCUAUUAUACCCUCAACAAUAGAGCAAUAGUACAAGUAGUACAACACCUGUGUGUACACGAGUCGAUCGUUUAUUAUCCACCACAGUAUUUAAUUACAGAAUAUUCGAAAAAUAAUGGCAAACAACAGAGCAGCUAAGUCCGGUUUCGCCGCCGAAGCCCAACGCAAGAUCAACAGCAAAUACAGCGAAGAACUAGCGCAAGAGUGCUUAGAAUGGGUGAGAAGCGUCACCGGUUUGCCAUUGAACACAUCUGGCGACCCGGACAACUUUUACGAAGUGCUUAAGGACGGACAAGUAUUGUGCCAACUUGCUAACACUUUGGUGCCCGGCUCGAUAAAGAAAGUAAACGUCAGCACAAUGGCGUUCAAGUGCAUGGAAAACUUGAAUAACUUUUUGGCCGUGGCCAUUUCCAUUGGUGUUCCCACCCAGGAAACUUUCCAAACCGUAGACUUGUGGGAACGCCAAAACUUGAACUCCGUAGUGAUUUGUCUACAAUCGUUGGGCAGAAAGGGCGGUCAAUUUGGCGCACCGAGCAUUGGACCUAAGGAAGCUGAGAAGAAUGUCCGUAACUUCAGCGAAGACAAGCUCAAGGCUGGCCAGACAAUUAUCAGUUUGCAAUAUGGGUCCAACAAGGGUGCAACCCAAAGCGGUCUUAACUUUGGAAACACCAGACACAUGUAAAGACUUUGGCAAACAUCUUUAAAAAGCUCCACGUCUAUCAGAAAAGUUUUGUUCAUUAAUGUUGUUGAGUCAACUUUUUUUCCCAAACUAUUACAUUCCAUUCAUCUGUUGUUUUAAAUACACCUAAAUUUUCUACUCAAUUAGAGUAGAAGGCAUCCCAUGUUAUUAAUUUCAAAUUUUAUGUGAUAGUAACAAAAACAUAUUAUACUGUAUUACCCAUCAAUUGAGGGCUUUUGCGUUGUAAAUUUAUUAUUUUUUUUUUAUUAUAAAUUAACAUGUUCUUUAUUUUUGGUACAUAGUUAAAAUA